AUGUUAAGAACCAUCUGUGGACUUGAAGAUGUAGGGAAGCCUAAGGCAGAAGUAGCAGCAAAGCGUGUGAUGGUGAGAGUGAGUAGAGUGGAGAUUGUUCCGCAUUUUUCACAGUAUGAUGAAGAUGAUACCCCGAGAAGAGAAACAAUCAAGCCGAUGGUAUAUGGAGGAACCCAAGUGAAGUUCCCUUUGUGCACUCUUGCGCACCUAGGAAUGCAGCUCAUUGUAUUGAAUAUGCUCAUCUCAUUAAGUGGUCUGAGUUUAUUCUUUCUGAAAGUUCAUGGAGGAAAGUCCUUUGAUCCUGAUGAGCCAGAACAUGAAGUGGGUCUAUGA